AUGUGGGAGCUCUUGGCUCUCUUGCUGCUCACCCUAGCCUAUUUUCUUUGGCCCAAGGUAAAGAACCCCGGUGCCAAAUACCCCAAAAGCCUCCCAUCCCUGCCCUUGGUGGGCAGCCUGCCAUUCCUCCCCAGAGAUGGCCAUCCGCACGUGAACUUCUUCAAGCUGCAGGAGAAAUACGGCCCCAUCUAUUCUUUUCGUAUGGGUAGCAAGACUACAGUGAUGAUCGGCCACCACCAGCUGGCCAAGGAGGUGCUUAUCAAGAAGGGCAAGGAAUUCUCCGGGCGGCCCCAAGUGACGACUCUAGAUAUCCUGUCAGACAAGCAAAAGGGCGUUGCCUUUGCCGACUAUGGUGCCGGUUGGCAGCUGCAUCGGAAGCUGGUGCUGGCCACCUUUGCCCUGUUCAAGGAUGGCAACCUGAAGCUGGAGAAGAUCUUAUGUCAGGAAAUCAGUUCGUUUUGUGAUUUCCUGGCCACCCAGGACGGACAGUCCUUAGAUUUGGGCUUGCCUCUCUUCUUGGCGGUGACCAAAAUAAUCUGCUUGAUCUGCUUCAACACCUCCUACAAGAACGAACACCCUAUAAUGAAGACCAUCCAGACAUACAACGAUGGCAUCAUGGAGUCUCUGGGCACGAACAGUAUAGUAGACAUAUUCCCUAAGCUGAAGAUUUUCCCCAACAAAGCCCUGGAAACAAUGAAGAAUUGUACUAAAAUGCGAAAUGAGUUGCUAACUGAAAUCUAUGAAAAACAUAAGAAGAACUUCAGCAGCAACUCUGUCACCAACCUAGUGGACAUACUGAUCCAAGCCCAGAUGAACUCAAGCAAUAACAACACCGGCUCGGACCAGGAGUUAAAGCUGCUUUCGGAUCGACACAUUCUUGCCACAAUAGGCGACAUCUUCGGGGCCGGUUUGGAGACCACCACCUCUGUGGUGAAGUGGACGGUGGCCUUCCUGCUGCACCAUCCUGAGCUGCAAAAGAAGAUCCAGGAGGAGAUUGAACAGUACGUAGGUUUCGGCCGCACGCCAACCGUGAGUGACCGGAACCACCUCGUGCUGCUGGAGGCCACCAUCCGGGAGGUGCUUCGCAUUCGCCCCGUGGCCCCUACGCUCAUCCCCCACAAGGCUAUCGUUGACUCCAGCAUCGGCGACUUUGCCAUUGACAAGGGCACAAACGUUGUCAUCAAUCUGUGGGCACUGCAUCACAAUGAGAAGGAAUGGCACCGGCCCGACCAGUUCAUGCCCGAGCGCUUCCUGGACCCCACUGGGAGCCAGCUCAUCUCGCCGUCCUCAAGCUACCUGCCCUUCGGGGCGGGACCCCGCUCCUGCGUAGGGGAGAACAUGGCCCGCCAGGCGCUCUUCCUCUUCAUGUCCUGGAUGCUGCAGAGGUUCGACCUGGAGGCCCCGGAUGACGGGCAGCUGCCCUCCCUGGAGGGCAUCCCCAACGUGGUCUUCCUGAUCGACUCUUACAAAGUGAAGAUUAAGAUUCGCAAGGCCUGGAAGGAGGCCCAGGGUGAGGGGAGCACCUAG